AUGUCUGAUGAUGAGGGUCCCCGGAAGGGGAAGGGGAAGUCGAGAGGGAAAGGAAAGGAAGGAGGGAAGUCUGGAAAAUCCGGUGGAAAAGCAUCUUCAGGAGGAGGAAUGUCCGUGAGCCGUUUGCAAGUUUUGCCAAAGUUUUUGCAAGACAUCCAUGCCAGAUACCGACCCUCUGACGACAAACGGGGCCUGAAACAUGCCGAGAUUCUGGACAAAAGUUCUCCACUUGGGAGGAAUGACGACGAUGAAUAUGAUUUUGAAGAUGCGCAGAUUGUGGACAGCAAUCUCACAGAAGAAGAUAUCAAGGUGUUUCAGCGCAAAAGAGCAGAGAAGGCGAAGCCGCCUGAAGCUGCGAAAGAGGAGGAAGGUGGUGCCCUACGCUUUCAAAAGCGGAAGGGCGAAGCCAAGAAGCCGGAUGGCCAAAGUGCCUCUGCGCUAAAGCAAGAUGGACAGUAUGGUGCAGGCUUGUCAAAGAAGAAGCAGAGGCUGGCGACGCUUUCUGGGCAGUGUGAACGGGCAAAGCGGAGCUUCGCCUGGGGCUGGAAGGGUUUGCCAGCGCAGGCCGGACUUCUGCAGAUGGUCUCGCCGGAUCUCUCCAAGCAGCGGGCAGCAGAAGCCUCCAUGAACCUCACCAAUCCAGCUGGUUCCUACAAAAGACUGUUGAAAGAUGCAGCCAGACAGGCGGACAUAGAGAGGCCCAGCCUUGAGGAGCUAAAAUCCCAGAUGAAGCUGGAGCUGAGGUUGUCGCCGUAUUCCAAGGUGUUCAUAGCUCAGAUUCAAUUUUUUGCGUGA